AUGGGUGCCACUGUUUACCAACCGGUGAUGCCAGAGAACAGAAAGUAUUCCUUUGUGUUCCCGGCUACUGAAACACACCCUCCUCAGCCUUAUGCUCCUGACGCUUGUGGGCUCCCCCCACCUCCUACCCCUAAAGAGCUUCGAGAGUUACUCACAUCUGCGGCCAUGCCCUUACCUGCUAACCGCACGACCGUGCCUGUUUAUCCGCAAUUCAGUUCGGUACCUGCUCAUUCGAAUCCUCCAGCCUUUGCACCAAAGGCAGAGCCCGGCCUACGUCCUGUAGCACCUUAUUCUGGGUCUGAAUAUGUAUACAGGGGACCUUCUCCUACGAUUCCUAAGUUCUGCCGGCCUGAUCCUGAUUCAGGGAAGAGAACCGUGACCAUUCUGCAUGGAGUUGGAGAAUCCCCAGUUGAGACUCCCAUCCAUCGGAAAGGUCCUGUUUCAGAAACCCCCCUGAGCAGCGAGCUGAGUUUCGUCGAUUCAGGGAAGAGAACCGUGACCAUUCUGCAUGGAGUUGGAGAAUCCCCAGUUGAGACUCCCAUCCAUCGGAAAGGUCCUGUUUCAGAAACCAAACCUGCCAAAGACUGGAUUUGCAGUAACAACCAUUGUUGGCGCUGUGCCAGGGCACACCAUGCUGCUCAGUGUGACCUUAAAAAGCCCUGCAACCUCUGCCAGGGCACCCAUCUCCGUCCUCUCCAUAAGGUGAAUGUCAGUCCAUCCACAAAGGAGGAUUCAGCUAACAUGGAGAAGAGCUGCCUGACAAAUUCCUCCCCAGAUAGGUUCUUUCUGGAUAAACCCUCUGUCAAAGGACAAGUUAUGCUCAAAGUGGUUCCGGUGAAUCUGCAUUAUGAAGAUCGAUCCUUGGACACCUUUGCUCUUCUUGAUGAUGGGUCAGAGAGAACCAUUCUGCUCUCCACUGCAGUUAAGGCCUUGGGGAUUCAGGGUGUCCCAGAAGAUCUUCCAUUGCGGACAGUGAGAGAUGAUAUUCAGCUCAUUCAUGGUUAUUCUAUUUCCUUUCACAUCUCUCCCCUCUGUAAACCUCAGACCAGUUAUAAGAUCAAUCAUGCCUUCACGGCUGAUCGUCUUAACCUGUCACACCAGUCUUACCCGGUAGAACAGCUACAACAGAAGUACAGACAUCUGCGUGGUCUUCCCAUCCGUACACUCACUGAUGUCCAACCUUUACUUCUCAUCGGUUCAGAUCAGCCCCAUCUCAUAACCCCAACAGAGCCUGUUCGAUGGGGUGGCCCAGGUGCACCAGCUGCAGUUCACACACACCUAGGAUGGACACUCCAGGGUCCUAUACCUUCUAUGGGGUGUCCCCCUACCACACGGCAAUGUCUGCUAACCUCUAUGGCUCCAAUUCAGGAUGAACUCCUUCAGAACGUUCAACGACUGUGGCAGUUGGAUACGGUUCCACAGUGGGAGGGCAAAGAGGUAACCCGGUCCAAGCAGGACCAGGAGGCUCUUCAGCUGCUUGACCGUAAGACUCUCACCCUGGAAAUGGAGGGAAUCAACCGGUUGGCUACACCCCUACUGCGGCGAAAGGACAUGCCUUCGUUGAAUGCACCUAAAGAAUCAGUCCUACCUACCCUUCGCAGUGUGGAGAGGCGUCUGCUGAAGGAGCCUGUAAAAGCUGAGCUCUACAAAGAGGAGAUGAGGAAACUCAUUGAGACGGGAGCUGUUAGGAAGGUGUCUGAUCCUAUACCUGAUUCACCUGAAUGCUGGUACAUCCCCCACCAUCUCGUGAGUCAUAAUGGGAAGUUCCGCCUUGUCUUUAACUGCUCCUAUCAGUAUCAUGGACGAAACCUUAAUCAGUACCUGCUGCCAGGACCCACCCUCGGGGCCUCAUUGUUGGGUGUCCUUAUCCGUUUCAGAGAACAUCCUGUGGCAGUAAGUGGGGAUAUUAAGGCGAUGUUUCAUCAGGUUCGCCUUAUACCUGAGGACCGUCCUCUACUCCGUUUCCUUUGGCGGGACCUGAAGAUGGAUGAGGAACCCAGAAUUCUUGAGUGGCAGGUAUUACCCUUCGGCACAACCUCUAGUCCGUGUUGUGCUACCUAUGCACUACAGCGUCACGUGCGGCAACACCCCCUAACGGAUGAGGCAAUCCGGUUUUCAGUGGAGAGGUGUUUCUAUGUUGAUAACUGCCUGCAGAGCCUGCCUACUGCAGAUGAAGCUCGGAACUUGAUAGAUCGACUACGAAAUAUCCUUUCCGGGGCUGGAUUCGAAAUUCGCCAGUGGGCCUGCAAUGAUCCUACUGUGCUGAGUCACCUACCUGCCCACGCCCGUGCUGCAAGUGUGGAGCUGUGGUUGACACAGGAGAAGUCGGACAUCCCUGAAUCGACGCUGGGUCUGAGCUGGAACUGGCAGACGGACACUUUGUCCUACAAGCACCGACCUGUGAUUUAUGAGACUCCAACUUUGAGGAACAUCUAUAAGGUCCUAGCUACCCAGUACGACCCCCUGGGAUGGCUUCUACCUUAUUCCACUCGGGCAAAAAUCAUCAUUAAGCAGCUGUGGAACAAGCAGAGAGGGUGGGAUGACCCCAACCUACCACCCGAGCUCCUCCAGUCCUGGAAUGCAUGGGAGGAAGAACUCCGAUACCUUCCUUGUAUCUCCUUUCGCCGGUCUUAUGUCCCUCCUGAAGUUGGGAUGGAUGGAGUUACCCAUGAAGUACAUAUCUUCUCGGAUGCCUCGGAGCAGGCAUAUGGAGCGGUGGCCUACCUCCGGACUACUGACCAGGAUGGUCAGACCUACCUGUCCUUCAUUCUAGCACGCUCCCGUGUCACUCCUAAACGAGCUCACUCCAUUCCAAGACUGGAACUCUGUGGUAGUCUAGUUGCAGCACAGUUGUCUAAGUUACUUGAAAAUGAGUUAACCCUACCAAUCAAGUCUAUUUCCCUGUGGACAGACUCUACUACGGUCCUCCAGUGGUUGAAUUCUGAGUCCUGUCGUUACAGAGUCUUUGUGGGGAACAGAAUCGCUGAGAUCCAGGAGCUGACGGAGAAGUGUUCCUGGCAUCAUGUAAGUUCUGCGGACAACCCUGCUGAUGACCUCACAAAGGGAAGACCUCUCCAAUACCUUGCUGCGCCGAACCGAUGGUCCCAAGGACCCUCUUUCCUCCUCCAAGAUCCCAAAGAAUGGCCAGUAAUCCCUAAGACUGAAACCAGGGAAGACCAGGUUGAACUACGGAAAUCUACCUUCUGUGGGAUCAGUACCUUUCCUCCCUCAUCUGGUAAGAUUGAUGGAUGGAAUUACAACACCUGGCAAGACCUAUUGGAUGUUACUGCCCAAGAACUUCGAGUCAAUUUGGUUCCAGGGACUUCUCCAGAGGCUGAGGAUUACCGCCAGGCUGAGGUCCAUAUCCUCAAACGGGUGCAGCAGGAAUCCUUCCCUGAAGAUUAUAAACUGUUAGAGACUGGGAAGCCAGUUAGGUCCGGGAGUCAAUUAGUAACUCUAGCCCCUGAAAUGGAUCCAUCCAGUGGUCUGAUAAGGGUGGGAGGUCGUUUGCGGAGAACUGCAGGCAUCGAAGACUCCAUUUUGCAUCCUCUGGUUCUGGAUCCUAACCACCCCAUCACUGGUUUGAUUAUUCACCAUUAUGAUGACCAGUUACAUCAUCCUGGAUCGGAACGGUUGUUCGGGGAGAUCCGGAGAUACUAUUGGAUUCUCCGAGGCCGCGAAGCGGUCCGCCGGUUUCAACGUGACUGCCCAGAAUGUCAACGUUGGAGGGCCCAACCGUCAAUCCCUAAGAUGUCGGAUCUACCUGCUGCGCGCCUUCAGCUCUACAAACCUGCCUUCUAUUCUUGUGGAAUGGACUGCUUUGGCCCCCUGUUAGUCAAAAUUGGAAGACGUACAGAGAAGCGCUGGGGUAUUCUUUUUAAAUGUAUGACCACCCGAGCCGUCCAUUUAGACCUACUCCCUAGCAUGAGUACCGACUCAUUCCUCAUGGCUUUAAGAAGAUUUGUUGCAAGGAGAGGAACACCAGCCGAAAUAUGGUCAGAUAGAGGUACUAACUUCCGCGGGGGGGAAAGGGAGUUACGGGAAGCUUAUGCUGCUUUGGUUCCUGACAUACAGGGUCAUCUUGCCCGCCAGAGGAUCCACUUCCGCUUUAAUCCUCCAUCGGCCCCCCAUUUUGGUGGAGUUUGGGAAAGGGAAGUGAGAUCGGUUAAAUCUGCCUUAUACACAGUUUUGAGUGCACAGUCAGUACCAGAGGAGGUCUUAAUGACGGUCUUGCUGGAAGUGGAGGCAAUCCUAAACUCAAAACCCUUAGGGUACGUGUCAUCAGACGUGGCAGAUGCUGACCCAGUAACUCCAAAUAGUCUCCUCAUGGGGCGGCCCGAUGGAUCUCUGCCUCAAGUCAUUUAUCCCGAAUCAGAGAUGUUAAGUCGCCGGCACUGGAGACAUUCCCAGGUCCUAGCGGACCGAUUCUGGUCCAGGUUCAUACGGGACUACCUCCCUAGCCUCCAAACCCGGCAGAAAUGGCAAGCCUCUCCUCCCAACCUGAAGGAGCAGACAUUUGUUAUGAUUGUAGACCCCCAACUACCUCGAAGCUUAUGGCCUGUAGGACAAGUGAUCAAGACCCACCAAAGCUCAGAUGGUCAUAUCAGGUCAGCUGAUGUGUUGAUAAAGGGUCAAGUUUAUACCCGACCGGUGGCUCGCCUGGUCAUCCUGCCGGCCCUUAAGGCCCCAACACUGACUAGUUAAGUCGCCUUUCAUGGAAGCAAAGAUGCUCUACAUCUUUGGGGGCGGCUGUAUUAAAGGCUCCUGUAAGAGGGACCUUUAUUAUGAAACUGGAGUCGUAAUAGUACUUCGGUAGAGGGCAGUGUAGUUUGAUGAACUGCCGCUGUUUGCAGUGUUUGAGUGAUCUGUCCGAGCCGUCAGCUGCAAGGAUGAUACUUUCACUUUGUUCGUGGGGAUUUUUGCAGAUUUAAUAUCAAGGUGGUAGUCACUGACCACAAAG